CCCUCAGGUGUUGUGAACAAUCUGGAACCUGCCUUUCCAGCUGCACCAAGCCUUUGGAGCGCUGAUGGAGAAGUCGCAGCGCCUGAGCAGAAGCCGGGAGAAGUGGCCGAGGAACUGGCGAGCUCCUACGAGAGGAAGCUCAUCGAGGUGGCGGAGAUGCACGGUGAGCUGAUUGAGUUCAACGAGCGCCUGCACAGGGCCCUGGUGGCCAAGGAAGCCCUGGUGUCCCAGAUGCGGCAGGAGCUCAUCGACCUGCGCGGCCCGGUGCCUGGAGAUUUGAGUCAAACAUCCGAAGACCAGAGUCUGUCGGAUUUUGAAAUAUCGAACCGGGCGCUGAUCAACGUCUGGAUCCCGUCCGUGUUUCUCCGGGGAAAAGCGGCGAACGCCUUCCACGUGUAUCAGGUCUACAUCCGGAUCAGAGACGACGAGUGGAAUGUGUACCGGCGGUACACAGAGUUCAGGGCUCUGCACCUCAAGCUGCAGAACGAGUUCCCUCAGGUGAGGGGCUACAGCUUCCCGCCCAAGAAGGCCAUUGGAAACAAGGAUGCCAAGUUUGUGGAGGAGCGGAGGAAGCAGCUUCAGAGCUACCUGCGCAGCGUCAUGAACAAGGUCAUCCAGGUGGUCCCCGAGUUUGCCGCCAGCCCCAAGAAGGAGACUCUGGUGCAGCUGAUGCCCUUCUUUGUCGACAUUGCCCCUCCUGGAGAACCGCUGACCAAGAACAGCCGACCCAAAGCGGCCUCCCGCUUCCCCAAGCUGUCCCGAGGUCCCCCCAGAGAGACCCGCAACGUGGAACCCCAGAGCGGCGACCUCUGACCUCAGCAGCAUCCCCGACUCGGGCCCUAGGUGUUGUGCCAGCUGCCUCUACCCAGCCACUCUGCGUGUGACCUGGCCGCAGCGGCUGGCCCCUCAGUCCCUGGAGGGACAGCCACAUGCACCUGGUGACCCCCGAGAGCACCCCCACGCCCCCCAUCCCAGGCCCCUGAUUAAACUGCUCUGUCUCCGAGGCAA